CAUUUUCUAAAUCUUGCUUUGGUCUCUUCUUUCUUUCUUUCUUUCUCUCCCUUGUCGUUCCUAUAUCCGUUUUUCCGAUUUAGGGCACCUCAAAUUCUCUCUUAAUCAAAAUCUCCGCUCUUCCCCCAAUUUUUACCAAAAACUCUCUUCUUAAAUCUUCUUCGGAUUCUCCUUACCCUUUUCUCGAUUGUUACCUCCUGGGUUCCGCGAAUUGGGCUGUGCUACUUCUCCUUCUUCCUCCGUACGCACCUUUCUCCCUUGUUUACUAUUGUAGACGGUUCGGGUCUGUUCGUCGAAUGAUAUUUUGUCCCAAGUGAUUGUCAGUUCGUGCAAUGUCAAACCUUCAUUCAUCUCUCAAUGGUUCUGCUUCAAAUUUACCAGAUGGGUCGGGCAGAUCUUUUGCUGCUUCUUAUUCUGGACAAUCUGGUGCACCGUCUCCCUCUUUUCAUCAUACCGGAAACCUUCAGGGGCUUCAUAAUAUUCAUGGCAGCUAUAAUGUCGGGAACAUGCAAGGUACACUUACAUCAAGAAACUCAAGUAUGAAUAGUAUACCAUCUCCUGGGGUUCAACAACCUAACGGGAGUUUUUCCAGUGGAAGAUUUGCUUCAAACAAUCUACCUGUUAAUCUCUCUCAGUUAACUCAUGGUAGCUCACAUGGGCAUGCGGGAAUCCCAAAUAGAGGAGGCCUUAAUGUUGUUGGUAAUCCUGGAUUCAAUAGUAACGCAAAUGGAGUUGGUGGUUCUAUCCCUGGAAUUCUCUCUACAUCUGCAGGACUCAGUAAUCGGAAUAGUGUUCCAGGGAUGGGAAUAUCCCAACUGUUGGGGAAUUCAGGGCCUCGAAUAACAAACUCGAUGGGAAACAUGGUUGGUGGAGGUAACUUGGGGAGGAAUAUUAGCUCUGGUGGAUUAUCUAUUCCUGGUCUUUCUUCACGACUAAAUUUGUCAGCAAAUAGCGGAUCAGGAUUAAAUGUCCAGGGACAGAACCGAAUGCUGGGUGGAGUACUUCCUCAAGGAUCUCAGGUGAUGUCUAUGCUGGGGAACUCCUAUCAUACUGGUGGUGGCCCACUUUCGCAAAACCAUGUUCAGUCAGUUAACAAUAUGAUGCUUAAUGAUCACUCCAAUGACAGCUCUCUUUUUGACAUAAACAACGAUUUUCCCCAGCUGACAAGUCGUCCAGGAUCUGCUGGUGGCACUCAAGGACAAUUAGGCUCUAUGAGGAAACAAGGUUUAGGAGUCCCACUAGUCCAACAGAACCAGGAGUUUAGCAUUCAAAAUGAAGACUUUCCUGCCCUACCUGGAUAUAAAGGUGGUAAUUCUGAUUAUCCUAUGGAUUUGCAUCAGAAAGAACAACUCCAUGAUAAUGCUAUGUCAAUGAUGCACUCUCAAAACUUUUCUAUGGGUAGAUCUGGUGGUUUCAACUUGGGGGCAACAUAUUCAUCACAUCGUCCACAACAACAGCCACAACAUACUUCAUCUACUGGUGGGCUACAGGGUCUUGGCCUUAGACCUCUAAGCUCGCCCAAUGCAGUUUCCAGUAUCGGUUAUGACCAGCUUAUUCAGCAGUAUCAGCAGCAUCAAAAUCAAUCUCAGUUUCCUGUGCAACAGAUGACAUCAAUCAACCAAUUUAGAGAUUCUGAGAUUAAAUCGGCACAGUCAGAGGCAGACCCUUUUUGCUUGCUUGGCUUGUUAGAUGUCCUAAACAGGAGCAACCCUGAAUUGACCUCACUUGCUCUUGGCAUCGACUUGACGACGCUAGGACUUGAUUUGAAUUCAACUGGAAAUCUCUACAAGACAUUUGCGUCUCCUUGGACCAAUGAACCGGCAAAGAGCGAGGUCGAGUUCACAGUACCAAAUUGUUACUACACCACACCACCUCCGCCUCUAACUCGAGCAAGUUUCAAAAGGUUCUCCUAUGAGUUAUUGUUCUACACAUUUUACAGUAUGCCAAAAGAUGAAGCACAGCUAUUCGCUGCAGAUGAACUUUACGAAAGAGGUUGGUUUUACCACAAGGAACUCAGAUUAUGGUUCUUCAGAGUCGGAGAGCCUUUAGUCAGGGCAGCUACGUAUGAAAGAGGAACGUACGAAUACCUCGAUCCAAAUUCGUUCAAAACAGUCAGAAAGGAACAUUUUGUUGUCAAGUACGAGCUCAUGGAAAAGAGACCAAGCUUGCUGCAGCAUUGACGACACGUAGGUUUGUUCAAUUAGUAGCAUCUUUACAAUGUAAAGCUUUUGUCUUUAUUUCUCUCUCUUUCUUUCAUGCAAGCUCCAUUGAUUAGAAACCAAAACCAUCUCACUAUUUUCAAUUUUUAACCCCAAGUUUCCCGAAAAGGUAAUCACAGUUACUUUCCUGUCCAUUUACUCUGGUUCAAGCAUGACAUGAACGGGGGCAAUAAGUUGAGAUAUUUGGAUCACAAUAACUGACACUAGAAUCGAAUAAAUUUUAGAUUUUUAUU